CACAACCACACUGUUCUGUUUUAAACUAUAAACAACCACACUGUUUCUAUUUUAAACAUGUUUCUCAAAUAAUCAAAAACCCAAAAAAGAAAAAAGAAAAAUUGAAUCUCUGUUAUUUUUUGAAUUAGAAAAACAAGGAUCAGCAAGGUGAAGAAGAGAAAGAGAGGAGGUAGCAGUAACACCAUGGGAGUGGAUUACUACAAGAUAUUACAAGUUGAUAAGACUGCUAAAGAUGAUGAUUUGAAAAAAGCUUAUAGGAAAUUAGCCAUGAAGUGGCAUCCUGAUAAGAACCCAAAUAACAAAAAAGAAGCUGAAGCAAAGUUCAAGCAAAUUUCUGAAGCUUAUGAGGUCCUUAGUGAUCCACAAAAAAGAGCAGUGUACGACCAAUAUGGUGAAGAGGGUCUAAAGGGGCAAGUACCACCACCUGGUGCUGGUGGUGCUGGUCCUGGUGGAGCUUCAUUCUUCUCCACAGGAGAUGGGCCUACAACAUUUCGGUUCAAUCCCCGCAACGCUGAUGAUAUUUUUGCUGAAUUUUUCGGGUCUUCAGGUCCAUUUGGAGGGAUGGGAGGUGGCAGUGGAGGCAUGAGAGGGACAAGGUUCCCAGGUGGGAUGUUUGGUGAUGCUAUCUUUAGUUCUUUUGGUGAAGGAGGUGGAGGGUCAAUGCAUCAAAGUGUUCCUAGAAAAGCUCCUCCAAUUGAGAAAAGGCUGCUUUGUAGUCUUGAGGAGCUUUACAAGGGGGCUACCAAAAGAAUGAAGAUAUCUAGGGACAUUGUCGAUGCAAGUGGCAAGACCAUACAAGUGGAGGAGAUUCUAACCAUUGACAUAAAGCCUGGUUGGAAGAAGGGCACAAAGAUCACCUUCCCUGAGAAAGGGAAUGAGCAGCCGAAUUCAAAACCAGCAGAUCUAGUUUUCAUUAUUGAUGAAAAACCUCACCCUGUGUUCACUCGUGAUGGAAACGACUUGAUUGUCACACAGAAGAUUCCCUUAGCUGAAGCCUUGACAGGUUACACUGUCCAUCUCACCACCUUGGAUGGAAGGAAUUUGACCAUUCCGAUCAACACCGUGAUUGAUCCAAACUAUGAGGAGGUUGUCCCACGGGAAGGGAUGCCAAUCCAAAAGGACCCAACAAAGAGAGGAAAUCUGAGGAUCAAGUUCAACAUCAAGUUUCCAACAAGGUUCACUGCAGGGCAGAAGGCAGGAAUCAAAAAACUCUUGGGCUGAGAACAUCAAUGCCAAUAUUUAAUGCACAACACAACUCCAUAGAAAUGGAGCAGUUUUGUAAAUACAAAUUACAUAAAACGUAGUAUUUAGAUUGGUUCUUUUUGAUACAGAACUUGUUAUAUACGCUCCCAGUUUUUAGUAGUUUCUGUUUCAGAGCAAGAAUGCCAUCUUUCUAAAUACAUCGAUGUGCUUAAAGGUGUACUGAGGAACUUAUCAGUUACAAUUUCAAUUAAAAUUAGCUUUUGUUGA